AGAGAGAAUUAGAAAAGUCUCUUACUUUCGUAGUGUCAAUAAUUAACAAACUUUAUUUCCACAUUUUGAUUUGUAGGCUUAGUUCCCUAUCCAUUCAGCUUAAAACUGUGGCCCUCCCAAAUUCAGACUAUUAGCAAAUUUAUACUAAUCCACCCCCAUUUUCAGAUACACCAUGCUCACAUUCUUUAGGGCCAGAGUUUUCUCAAAGGGUACGAGAACCUAUUGAUUGACCUUGCAAUUCCUCCCAAAUAUCAAAUGAGCAUAAAAGUUCUGACAGAGGGGUUUGUGGGCUGAUUUUAUAAUACAAGGCCUGCGAGGUGUUUCCAAACUUCUGGGGCUUAGAAUAGAAAAGGUUGGGUAUUGCGCUAGCUAUGGAAAAAUCAAGGAGGGAAAGUGUAGCACAAGAUUUUCAGCUGAUAGGGGACGGUUUCAAUCACCGCAUUGGCCUGCGACAGGCUAACACCCUUCGCCACCUAACACCUCCAGGUUACCGGUUGGGGUUUGUUCACGCCGCCCGGCAAUUGCUUCCGGGUUGCGGCGGACGUCGCUUCCGGAGCAGCAUGGCGACCACUGAGGAGGAGAGGCUGGCAGGGAACGGUGAGGGAGAGCGGCUGGAUUUCCUGAGGGACCGGCACGUGCGGUUCUUCCAGCGAUGCCUCCAGGUCCUGCCGGAGCGCUAUUCUUCGCUCGAGACCAGCAGGUUGACAAUUGCAUUUUUUGCACUCUCCGGGCUGGAUAUGUUGGAUUCCUUAGAUGUGGUGAACAAAGAUGAUAUAAUAGAGUGGAUUUACUCCCUGCAGGUCCUUCCCACAGAAGACAGAUCAAAUCUAAAUCGUUGUGGUUUCCGAGGCUCUUCAUACCUGGGUAUUCCAUUCAACCCAUCAAAGAAUCCUGGAACAGCUCAUCCUUAUGAUAGUGGCCACAUAGCAAUGACCUACACUGGCCUUUCGUGCUUAGUUAUUCUUGGAGACGACUUAAGCCGGGUAAAUAAAGAAGCUUGUUUAGCAGGCUUGAGAGCCCUUCAGCUGGAAGAUGGGAGUUUUUGUGCAGUACCUGAAGGCAGUGAAAAUGACAUGAGAUUUGUGUACUGUGCUUCCUGUAUUUGCUAUAUGCUCAACAACUGGUCAGGCAUGGAUAUGAAAAAAGCCAUCAGCUAUAUUAGAAGAAGUAUGUCCUAUGACAAUGGGCUGGCACAGGGAGCUGGACUUGAAUCUCAUGGAGGAUCUACUUUUUGUGGCAUUGCAUCACUAUGUCUGAUGGGUAAACUAGAAGAAGUUUUUUCAGAAAAAGAAUUGAACAGGAUAAAGAGGUGGUGUAUAAUGAGGCAACAAAAUGGUUAUCAUGGAAGACCUAAUAAGCCUGUAGACACCUGUUAUUCUUUUUGGGUGGGAGCAACUCUAAAGCUUCUGAAAAUUUUCCAAUAUACUAACUUUGAGAAAAAUAGAAAUUACAUCUUAUCAACUCAAGAUCGCCUCGUAGGGGGAUUUGCCAAAUGGCCAGAUAGUCAUCCAGAUGCUUUGCAUGCAUACUUUGGGAUCUGUGGCCUGUCACUAAUGGAGGAAAGUGGAAUUUGUAAAGUUCAUCCUGCUCUGAAUGUAAGCACACGGACUUCAGAACGCCUUCUAAAUCUCCAUCAAAGCUGGAAAACCAAGGACUCUAAACAGUGCUCAGAGAAUGUACAUAUCUCCACAUGACUGACUUCAGAUUGGGAGGGUGGGGGGAUUUGUAGCGUAACUGUAGCUCCAGGUUAAAAGCCAUGUAUAACCACCGUGUGCUCUUUUUUUAAGAGGUAGAGUCUUACAAUCAAAUCUUGUACUGAUGUCACUUUGGGAUAUAGUCUUGAGCCAGUAACUUUUUUACUGGGUUUCAAGAAAAUCUUUGUUGAAGUUUGAACCAUGACUCUGUAAUGGUUCUUAAAUGUUUAUACUGUAUUUCUAAGAAGUUCUUUGAGGCAAAUUAACUGUAUGUAUGUAGGUUAUCUUUUUAAAAACUCUUCAGUACAAAUUGUAUCUUCUUAUAAAAUGGACACAAAUCUUAAAAACAAGUUUACACUUCAUAUAGCAUUGAUAAUUUUCAGGUGAACACUUAGUGAUCAUUUAAAAAGCUUGACAGCUGGUGGUAGAAAAUUUGCUUUAAUGAAUUAAGUAUCUAGGAUCAUUCUUUAGAAACAGAUCCCAUAAUUUUUUUUAAAAAGUGAAUUAUUUUGUCUUAUUAAGUAAAAUGUGCCAAUUAAACUUGUGUGGCCUAUAUAAAUGAAUUAACUUCAUAAUAGGAAUAAAUAGGCUUAACUAAUAUGAUAGUUUUUUUAAAGGGAGAUUGUUUUAAGAGGACUAUUAUGAGGGAAAGGUCAUUUAACUGUAUGUGAUUGUGAAUGAGCAAGUUUUAUGCUGUGUGGGUCAUUUAUCUAGACAUUGCUGUGGUGAAUACCAGUUAUGUUUGAUUUUAAUUUCAAAUCAUUAGUUGCCCUUUAUUUUCUUUUUCUCUUUUGCUUUCUGAGAAGAAAACAAUCUUAUCUAGAAGAAAAGAUAUUUAGUGUUUUUAUUUUUCUGGGAUACAUGGUAUUAUAAAUUGUUCUUUCAUAACUGAGUUAUUUUUAGCCAUUUGGAUUUUUUCUUUUUUUAGUUUGUUGCCCUCAACCCUAUAGCUGCUCUAAUUUCAAACUAAUAAUUUUGUAAGUUUUUUCAAAUUAAAUAAGUAAAAAAUUAAAUACAAAAGUAGAACCACUCAAGUAAACUCAGUGUUUCAACUCUAUAUAUGGUCAUUUAUAUUUUUAUAUUUUUAGGUAAGUGGGAGGGAAAUGUAACCAUUUAGAGGGUAAAAACUGGUGUUUUGUUUUUGUUCAUUUUUUUUUCCUUAAGUCUAUGAACUAGCUAAUUAUAAAGGAGAUAGUGUCAAAACUCUUCAUUUGUAAUCAAUUUAUCAAUAAAUCACAUCUAUCACCUGCUCAAUGACAUUCAUAGGUAAGAGUCUAGUGCUAGAAUAGAGAAAAAUCUCACUAAAGGAGUUGGGUUUCAGUUAGUCUUGGUGGUAGUAAAUGUUGAAUUCUACAAGCAUCAGUAUAAAAACUAAAUUACUAGUACUAUUUAGGUAUUGUAAUAUUUUAAAUUUAUUUUCCUUUCCUAAAUUAGGAAAAUUAUUGUAAAAUAACAGUUUUUCCCAUAGGAAACCCUACGUACUUGGAAAAACGAUUCAUUUAUUAUUGGCAUACUUAGUUUUAAACCUGAGUUUGCCAAAGUCAACUGUAUUUUUUUUAAUUAGAAAUAAAAUAAAUCAUCUGAUGGUGGGGUGGAAAAUAAGCUUAACAACAGAUGUUACCCUUCUAUGAGUUAUUCCGGUUGCUUCUAUUUAAAUGGUGACAAAUUAAGACAUCCAUAUCUCAAACUAAGUCAUCUUUUAGACAUUGGGAGUUAAAAUAGUUUAUAUGUAAUGGCUUUAGGACUUUCUAAAAAGCCCAAGUUGUUUUUCCUAAAUCACCAUCAAUGGUUAGAAGGUAAGAAAAGUAGUAGUAAUGACUAUAUUCAGAGAUGAAAGAGAAGAAUUUCUAUCAAAAACUAUUUCAUAAAUAUUUUCUAACUCAUUAAAUAAUAGCAUGAGAAUAUAAAUUAUAGUAUGAUAGUAUGAUUCCAAUUGAUAUACUUGUGGGAGACUUUCUUGUGAAACUUUGUGGACCAGCAAAUGUCUAUGUUCCACAAGAAGAUAUUGACCAAAAAAUAGUAGGCUGUUGUAAAUUAUGGAGACACUAUUCCUAACUUUUCUAAAUAGUUACUUACAAAAAAGUAUUUAUUAAUAAAGUAAAUUAUAAGCAAUAUUUCACAUAUAUAUUUUGUUCCUUACCAGUAGUGAUAUAAUGAGAAAGGAAAUACGAAGUCCAAAAUCUCAAAUCUAUUUUCUACUGUCUCAUAUUUUCCCUGACUCCCCCCCCCCCCAUAGUAUUUUUAGGAGAUAGGAACAGCUUCGUUUUGAGUAUCUGCAUAAAAACAAGGUUAAUCAGGUCAUACAGCAUGAUUUAACCAAUUAUUCAUCAACAGUGUUUUUAGAUUUGGCCUAUAGUAUAUAUGUUUUUAUUAGCUCUUUAAAUGGUUAUUUAUAACUAUUUAAUCUAAAUUCAAAUAGAAAUUUUGCUGACAGUGAUACAUAGUUUAAAAGCUGUUAGACCUGAUAAUAUUUAAGAUGCAGUUAAUGAACAGAUGCUCUGGAAUCAGAUGACCUGGGUUUAAAUACCAGAUCUGCCCAUUCAGCAGUGUGAUCUUGGAUUCUAACUCUCCCAUUGGUAAAAUGAGGCAAUUAGGUUUCCUCCUGGGGUUGAGAAUUAAAUGAGAUAAUACGUAUAAAGCACUUAACAUAGUGCCUGAAAUACAGCAAAUUCCUAAUUAUAGUUUCUGUUAUAAUCAUAAAAUUGUUAUUGUAAUUAACCUAUUUUCUACACUAGAAAGAGUUCUUAACAGAGAUUAAACUCAGGGAAGGUGAUGACAGCAGUGUAGUUUUUGAAUCUCCCCAUAAGAAUACAGAGCAACUAGGAUAGCCACAGACACUAUCUGCAGAA